AUGUCAAUGCAUGGUGACGAGGGUACGAACUACGAGGACUUUAUGAUGUCCGAUGAAGAGGAUGUUGAAAUGAGCGAUAUGGGGUUUGAAAGUGACGACGAUGAAUCGAUGCCAAAGCCAGAGGAAAAGAAAAAUGAAAGCAAACCCAUUGCAACACCAGAAGAUAGGCAGCAAGAAGUUAAUAAUGAGUUGGAGAGGUUAUACCAGCAUGGAAACUCUCAUUUGGAUAAUCAGAAUUUUGAGGCUGCAAGAGGAGCAUUCAUGGAGAUUUAUUCAAUUGCCAGUAAACUUGAUGAUAAUGCGUUUCUUAUUUGGGCUCUUAGAUCUUUAAACGAAUUAAUGUUAUCAUGUUCUGUUGAACUUCGAUAUAAUGGAAUAUCACCAGCGUUGCGGUCAAACAUCCUUUCUAGUUGUACAUUAAUUUCUGACUUUUUAAUAAAAAAAUCCACUCAGAUCGAUGAGACUCUUCUUUUGAAGAUGUUAUGGGAAUCAAUGACGGAAUUAUUUCCAAGUAUUAAUGUAGAAAUUCUUUUUGAGUCACCCAAAGAAAAGAACAAUAGACCAUUGAUUGAUAGAAUGCAACUUCAGCUUGAUGCUAUCGCAUUAUUCAAAAAUGUUAUAAUGAUACCCAAAGAGAUUAAGAGCCUCUUACAAACUAAGAAUUUAGUUGCAAAGUUAUGGUUCAACUAUUUUACAACUAUGAAAGUUGAUCUUUCCACUUCCAAUUUUUUAGAAAAUGGUGUAUACAAUGCAUUCGAGUUGGACGCUACAAAGAAUGCACAUAUAAGUUAUACUGUGCUCGAAUCAUUAUCCACGCUUUUAGAAGUUAAUUGUAUGGAAUUCUUGCGUACUGGUGAAAUUGAGGAGCAUACCCAAUUCCAAAAGCAUGUGAACCAGUUGUAUUCUUUGACCUCCGCAUCCAUUUUUCUUUCUCAAAAGUCAGAUUUAAUGGUUCUUUUGAACUUUUCCAAGGCAAUUUUAUGUUUAUUGAAUGGUGAUAGGCAGAAUGAUAAUAUUGUAGUGACAAAAUUCUUUACAAGGAUACGUGAAUCCAAAGAUUGCUUUUUGAAAGCUUUGAAAUCCUUUGAAGAAAUGGGUAAUAAUGAAAAGAAAUUUGCAUCACUUUUCCAUCAAAUCAUUAUUGCAGGUUUUAUAAUUACAAGUAUUAUACUAUUGAAGGGACAUGAUAAUGAUAAGAUUGAUCCAUUUGAUUUUGAACAAGUACGAAUACUUGCAUGUAGUCCCACUGUACAAAAAUUACAUUCCAUUGCAGAAGAUUUUGCAUCCUUGAACCUUCGAAAACUUUAUACUUCCGUUCAAAGAGUACCAGAGAUAGCUCACACGCUACAUAUACUAAUAUCUAACUUAUACCGAGUGGCACAAUGGAUAAUAUUAUGGGAAAGAAUAGCUCCUGUUUAUUCAUGUAUAUCUAUUAGUGACGUACGAGAAAAAUUACGAAUUGCUGAUAGUAUUGACAUGACAAGAGACGAUUUAUUAACCAUUCUGAUGAUGUCCAUUAUGAAGGGGAAAGCUAUAGUGUUUUUCAAGUUAGAUUUAAUCAAUGAUCUUAUUUAUUUCGGAGAGGAUUACAAAGUGCAGUUAACUACGCACCCCAAGGAGAAUUUCCGAAGUCAAGAAGUGGAUACCCAGAACAAGGACGGUCCCUGCGAGGACGAAUAUUCUUCGGCAAAGUUGUCUGACCUAGAAUACGCUAAUAAUGUCGGUAUGUAUGUGGUACCACAGAAACCGAAGCAAAACACUAUAGAUAGUUUCUUCGACGGAUUGAAGAAGGCUCGAGAAAAUGUGGAUAACGUGCCGAGAGAUGAAGAUGUCGGGAUGGUCUUCAACGAGUUCCAGCCUAGCAAUGUGGCGUUCAGUAACAAAUACAAUGAUCUGGUCGAGCUGGUCGCGUCCAGAUUGAGGUCCUCUGCCACGUAG